UAGCGGUUCUUCACUAAACCAAAAUUUUAAAAAAUAAAAUAAAAUAACAAAGCUAUCACUAAUUCUACGUUGACAAUAUGAUAGGAAUUAGUUUUUAAUUAAACUGAUGCAAACAGGAAAUUAUUUUAUCUUUAUGCAAUUAAGGAAAAUCGUUCGUAUAUUUUUGUUAAAUGAGUUUCAAAUUAGCUGAAUUAUAGAUAACCCAAAAAAGAAUUACUCCCACAUGUUUAUGUAUCUGACACAUAUUCUCCACUAGACUACCAUAUAUUUUAUACUUAAACCAAGAAAAGGAACUAUACUCCCACAAGUUUAUAUAAACAGUUCCAUUUAACUCAUAAAAUCAAUCAGAUAAAACACUAAAAUGGAGCCUUUUUGGUUAGUAUCACUACUCUUCAUCCUUUCAUUCUUUAUACUUCUUAACUUUAUUAAGAAACAAGAACCUAAAAAUCUACCACCAGGGCCUCCAAAGUUACCUCUGAUAGGCAACCUUCAUCAGGUUGCAUCAAAAACCACCCUCCCCCACCGCCGCCUCGCUGAGCUAGCAAGUGUGCACGGCCCUAUCAUGCACCUCCGCCUAGGAGAAGUAUCUAUAGUGAUCAUUUCCUCGGCGGAGAUGGCGAAAGAAGUGAUGAAAACUCAUGAUGCUUUGCUUUGUAAUAGGCCAGCAGCAAUGUUAUUGCCACAAGUAGUGUUCUAUAACUCUAGUGACAUCGCUCUUUGCCCUUACGGGCCCUACUGGCGCCAAGUUCGUAAGAUCGCCACCCUCGAGCUCUUUACGGCCCACCGUGUUCAGGUGUUUUGGCCCAUAAGAGAGGAGGAGGUGGUGGAUUUUGUCAAGAUUUUAGCUUCUCAGGCUGGAUCUGUGGUUAAUGUUAGCAACAAGAUAUUUUCUACGUUGUUUAACAUCACUUUAAGAAUAGGAAUGAACAAGAAAGGCAAAGAUGGAGACGAGUUCAAAACACUGAUAUCAGAUAUGGCAGCAACAGUCUCUGGCUUUUCAAUUGGUGACCUAUAUCCAUCAUUGAAAUUUAUAAGUACACUAAGUGGAAUGAAAGGGCAACUUCAAGAUAUAGUCAUGAGAAUUGACAAAUUGAUGGAUCCUAUUAUUGAAGAGCAUAUGACUAAGAAAAAACAAGGUAUUGAAGACCAAGACGAAGACUUGAUUGAUGUUCUUCUAAAAUUUCACGAAGACAACCUAUGUCUUGGCACCGAUUUUUCUCUUACUACCAACAACGUCAAGGCCAUAGUUUUGGAGUUAUUUGGUGCUGCGAGUGAAACAUCUUCAACACUAAUUGAGUGGGCAAUCUCUGAGUUGUUAAAGAAUCCUAUAAAGAUGGCAAAGGCACAAGAUGAGGUGAGACGAGUAUUGCAAGGAAAUGAGACAAUAAUUAAUGAGGCAAGUCUAGAUAAGCUCAAGUAUUUGAAACUCGUAAUCAAAGAAACUUUAAGGCUUCAUCCUCCUUUCCCUUGCUUGGUUCCAAGAGAGUCCUUAGCGAGAUGUGAAAUUGAUGGUUAUGAAAUACCUUCAAAAACUCGAAUUUUCAUUAAUGCAUGGGCCAUUGGAAGAAAUCCAAAACAUUGGACAAACCCAGAAGAGUUUAAUCCCGAAAGAUUUGAAGAAUCUUCAAUUGAUUACAAGGGAAUGCAUUUCGAGCUAAUUCCAUUUGGCUCCGGAAGGAGGAUCUGCCCAGGAAUGGGACUAAGUAUUGCCACAAUCGAGCUUGUGCUAGCCAUGUUGCUUUACCAUUUUGAUUGGAAGUUACCUAAUGGGACUGGACCCGAAGAAUUGGACAUGGAUGAGACUUUUGGCUUAGUAGGGAGGAGGAAGAAUGACUUGCAAGUAAUUCCUUUGCUAUACACUUUCUCAGGUUACAAAUGAUGGUCUUUUCGUUGCUAUGUUAAUUAGCUUAGUUUAUGAUAAUAACGUUCGACUGUUUUUUCUUCAUGUAUUGAUAAUCAUCUUGAAAAUUUAAUAUUUUGAAAAAAGAUUUGUGUUAGGAUAACCAUAUUCAAUAUUUUGAUGUUACU